UCGACUCCAAGCUAUCACCUACGACGGGUGAACUUUUUCUUCUCAUUUCUAUUUCAAAAGCACACUUUUUUGUUAAUUAUGUGUCUCUAUUUUUGUUAAUUAUCUAUGACGUGAAUUUCCGCAAAUGGGACUCAUCAGCCUUCCAAAAUGCGUGAACUACUACUUUCGAAACUCCGACUGCAAAAAAUAAAAUAAAAUCAUUGAUGUAGUGUAAUAGCCGUGAGACUUAAAAAUCUACAUUGGGAGUUAAAUAACCACAAAUUUUCAACGUAACGUAUAAAGUGUCACUCACAUGUUACAAGUAACCUUGUUUCAAAGACAACUGGAAAUUUUACGAUCAUAGCGUAAGUUCCUGUGAAGUCAGUAAAAGAAUAAGAUACAAAUUAUAGAAAAUGCUAUAAGAAAAAACAAGAGAAUCACAAUAAUAAAAAUAAUAAUAAACAGACAAGAGAAUAAGCUAUAGAUUAAAGAAAAAUGCUAUCAGCAAUAAUAACAGACAAGUGGAUUCAGCUGAUGAGAAAAGUUGGAGUUUAUUUCCCAUGGAAGAAAGUACGCCUACUUGCUCUGAUUUUCGUCAGCUACUUAGUGGCCAGUCUUAUUUCCACAGAAGACCUUGGUGAGCUCUCUCCUCCUUUCUCUCCUUCGCCGAGUGCUUCGUGGCCGCAAGACGCCCCUGAGCCCCGGGCCAACACCACCCUCUACCCGUGCAGGUUUUCACUAAGGCAGAAUCGGUCCUCCUCAAGCGAGGCCACCCUCGACGGCGCCCCUGCGUCAGGCACGCCGAAUGUGGUUCUCAUGAGUUCGAUGGCCAGAAGCGGUUCGAGCUUCCUGGGCGGCCUGCUGAGCUCCCUCCCCGGCGUCUUUUACUUCUUCGAACCCCUCCACAACAUCGAACACUGGCACAUGCUCUCGCCGGCCACCGCCAGGGACGGCCUUCGGGGCCUCCUCACGUGCAACAUCACCGGAGCCAUCAGGAAGGCCGUGAGGACGCGGGGGAAGUACACCGUGUACCACCCGUACACGCGGCGCUGCGCCACCAAAGAGGCCUGCUUCGGCAGCCUCCUGGACGAGACGUGUCGCAAGGAGAAGUUUCGUGCGGUGAAGACGAUCCGGGCGCGAGUCUCCUGGCUGUCCUCGCUAUUGGAUGACCCCGAGGUUGACCUCCGGGUCAUCCACCUCGUGAGGGAUCCUCGAGGCUCAGUCAUCUCGAACUGGAAGGCCGACUGGGCGCCCAUCUCGGAGGCCACGAGUUGUCAGAAUCUGCUGUCCGAUCUGCGGGACGGCGCCCGCCUUCGGAGGCAGCGACCCGGCAAGUUUCUGACCGUUCGCUACGAGGACCUUUGCCUCGAUCCGCGGUUGAUGGCAGAAGUAAUAUUGUCUUUUCUUGGCUACACGAACCUUCCGCAGUCUACUGUUAACUACCUGAAUAAACAAACGAAAGCGACAAGAGACAGCAAAACCUACAGCCUCAGGCGAGACACGAAGAGCCAGCAGCAGAAAUGGCGGACGACGAUAACCGACGAGGAGUUCGCUAGGAUUGAGCCGGCGUGCGCGGCCUCCAUACUCCAGCUAGGGUUCAGCCUCUUCGGAAGCGCGGAGGCAGCCAGGAACCUCUCGCUCCCUCUGUACAACCGUUCGGCCGACCAGCAGGCCUACGACCACCGAGACUGCCUCCGUGAGUGAGGGGGAGGCGCAUGACAAAUGGAAGCUGGAGACGAGACGAAUAAAGCUUUGAACGCAGCCACAAA